CCGUGCAAUUUAUUAUUUAUAUUUGCACGCACUUAUUCACACUCAUGGCCGUUUCCACCGACAAAUUUAAGUGGAGCUUAGUUUAAGCGUAGCUUAAAAUCCAUGGCAACGAUUAUUGAGACAAUGGUUGCCAUGGAUUUUAAGGUACGCUUAAGCUAAGCCCGGCUUAAAUAUGUCGGUGUAAACGGCCAUCAGGUUCGUUAAAUUCAUUGAGUAGGUUUAGGUUUCCCUUUGUGAAAUCGUUAUUGGCAAGCCACUGCCUGGUCCAAAAAUGUCGUCGUCUUCUUUGUUUCUUUUUUUUAAAAGAGCAACAGCAGACGCAAUAACUAAAGAUGCGGCAGCAAUAUCCAUUUUUGAAUUCCUCGUAAAUAGGUUAUUUCAGUUUUAACUUUAAAUAACAAACCUGUAUAUAGCAUAAGGAGGUAAUGUUCUCCAGUGCAUACCACUUUAUUUUUUUUAUAAAUUAAAUGUUACUAAAAUAGUUACUAAAUUGCAAGAAAAAUUGCAAGAAAAAUAGCACAAGUUCUAUAACCAGAAAAUUGCAGAAUGUCUUGCUGCAAUAUUUGGUGCAAGAAAUUGCACGUGCAAUUUUAACAUACACGGAGCAAUUUUUCGUGCAAUUUCUUGCGGCAAUGAAUUGCUGCAAAAAUUGCAAUAAAAAUUGCAUCGUCUAAUACGGCCUUUAUAAAAAAUAACCAGUUUCGAAUUCUUGUCCAUGGGCCAGAUCGCAUUCCCCUGGUGGCGCCCGAGUUUUGCGUCCCGUGCCGACAACUUCCAUUUGAGUUGGAAUUUUAUUCUUGGAUUUCGCUAAUCAUACCGUUUCAUUUUAAAGCCAGCGAUUUGCGGGGACUUUUGAGACACAGUGUAUAAUAUAACCCAUCGAUACGCCACUGGUGUGGGCCGGUAUGAACUUGCAAGUUUACCCUUAUCGGUGCUUCUACUUGAGUUACAGCCAGAACUUUGUCUACGUGACAGCUAAAUAGACUGUGAGCUGGUAUUUUGUAUCGAAUUGUUUAGUAUCAAAAUAUAUUUUUAUAAACAAAAAUGUAAUUAUAAUUGAUUAUUUAUGCUAGAUAUGGACGGACCACUCGUAAAAAUUGACCCAAGGCACGAAGAAGAAAUUCAUUCCGAUCUUCAAGAUAACAUUUUAGUAACCAACGAAGUAUUGCUGACGAUAAAAGAUGAAAUUAUCAAUACUGCACAGUGCUCCAAAUCGCUUGAUGAAGUACAACAAACUGAUUGUGGAUGGAAUAUUAAAAAUGAAAUUUCCACACACACAAAAAAUAGAGGGUUUAAUUGUGGUCACUGUGAUUAUAGAACAAAGAAUAAAAUACUGCUUCAAAAGCAUAUUUUAAGACAGGGACAUAACACGCUACAAUGUGCUAAUUGUGAAUACAAGACCAGUAAUAAAUGUUACUUUAAACAACACAUGUUAAAACACGAUUCUAAAGAUUUUAAAUGUGGUAAUUGUGAUUAUAAGACGAGUAACAAAUAUUAUUUUAAACAACACUUUGUAAAACACACCAAUUCUAAAGAUUUUAAAUGUGCUCAUUGUGAUUAUGCAACUAAUAAUAAACAAAAUCUCAAACGACACCUUGUGAAACACAUCGAGUCCCAAAUUUUGGAAUGUGCUCUUUGUGAUUAUGGAACAAAUAAUAAACGAUAUCUUAAACGACACGUUUUAAGACAUAUGGCGUCUAAAGGGUUUAAAUGUGCCAAUUGUGAUUAUGAGACAAAUAACAAAUACUACCUUAAGCAACACAUUUUAAAACAUAGAGAUUCUAAAGUCUUUAAAUGUGCAAAUUGUGAUUUUGAGACAAAUAAGAAACAGAACUUUAAACGACACCAUUUAAAUCAUUCCGAUUCUAAAGAUUUUAAAUGUCCUAAUUGUGUUUACAAGACAGGGAAUAAAUACUACUUUAAACAACACGUUUUAAAACAUACAGAUUCUAAAAAUUUUACAUGCGCUACUUGUGAUUACCAGACAAAUUACAAUUACUAUUUUAAACGUCAUGUUUUAAAUCAUACGAUUUCAAACUGUUUUAAAUGUGCAAAUUGUGAUUAUGAGACACAUAACAAAUACUACUUCAAGCAACAUCUUUUAAAACAUGCCGUUUCUAAAGAUUUUAAAUGUGCUAAUUGUGAUUACAAGACGAGUAAUAAAUACCACUUUAAACAACACCUUUUAAAACACACUGAUUCAAAAGAUUUUAAAUGUGCCAAUUGUGAUUACAAGACAAGUAACAAAUACUACUUAAAACAACAUCUUCUCACUCAUACCGAUUCUAAAGAUUUUAAAUGUCCUCAUUGUCUUUAUGGAACAAAUAAUAAACAGUAUCUUAAACGACACCUCUUAAAACAUAUCGAUUCUAAACAUUUUAAAUGUGCUCAUUGUGAUUAUGGAACAAAUAAUAAACGAUAUCUUAAACGACACGUUUUAAAACAUAUGGAUUCUAAACGUUUUAAAUGUGUCAAUUGUGAUUUUGAGACAAAUAACAAAUACUACUUUAAACAACACCUUUUAAAACAUUAACACAAUAAUUCCGUUGUGGGUGGUGGCUUAUGUUUGUGAAUGUGGAUGUGUUAUGAUUAGUGUACCACGACACCAACGCUGUGCCUUUGUUUGACGUUAAAAGCAGACUUCAUACUUACCACUUUUUCUAGUUUAAAACGUAUUUGAUUGUUUCAUAAUUUAUUGCAGUUCUUUGAAACGGAGAAAAGGUGUAUCACAAUAGAAAUAGGGGAACAUACCAUAAAAGUAAACAAAACUUACUCCGAGAGUUUAAUUAAUAAGGCUAUAAAGUAAUAUUUUAUAUAUAAAGAUAUAAAAAUUUUAUUCAAUUGCGCGUUUUAUACCUUAAUAAUAAAAUCAUACCUAUGGUGUAUCACAAUAGAAAUAGGGGACCAUACCAUAAAAGUAAACAAAACGUGCUCCGAGAGUUUAAUUAAUAAGGCUAUAAGGUAAUUUUUCAUAUAUAAAAGAUAUAUUUAUAAACAUUUUAUUCAAUUGCGCGUUUUAUUCCUGAAUAAUAAAAUCAUACCUAUUGUGUAUCACAAUAGAAAUAGGGGAACAUACCAUAACAGUUAACAAAACUUGCUCCGAGAGUUUAAUUAAUAAGGCU